AUACAGAGCAUGCAUGCUGUGUGCUCUUCAGAGGCAUGUUAUGAUGCUGAAUUGAAAACCCUCUGUUACACGAACAUUAUCACAUCUGUCGUCAGAUAAUAUUUUUUUUGGUUUACUGUAACUCUGCUUGAUGUUACAGGUCUACUUACUGGGGUCGCUUUAAGAGUCGAUCUCCGCUUGCCCGUGGUUGAUACAUCGUGUUGAUAGGAAUAAGCCACCUCCUACCUGCCGUUUUGGAUCGCUUGAUAAGACUCCCUUCAAGUCCAACAGUCACUCCUCCGUUAGAGUGGACUUCACUUUUGAUACCACCAUAAACUCACAAUCAGUAUUGGCGGUAUACAGACUACAGGGAAAACUGGAUGGUAAAAGGCACAAUGGCACUUCUGAUCAACUGAUUUCAGGCAAGCAGGAAAUCCCGCCUAACUCACUGAAGCCAAAUAACAGAUCAAGAGCUUGACUGGUUGCCAAAGCCAUGUUUCGUUUCAACAACAGCAGUCUUCCAUCGAUUGGGGAUAUGACCAACUGGGAUGAUAUGGGUAAGUGUCCAAUGUCUGUCACUGGCACCACUCUCUUAAUCGUGGCGUACAGCAUAGUGCUUGCUAUUGGCCUAGUGGGAAACACCUGCUUGGUCUUGGUCAUUACGAGACAGAAGGAGAUGCGGAACGUCACCAACAUCUUCAUCGCCAACCUGUCCUGCUCCGACAUCCUAGUCUGCAUUUUGUGCAUACCCGUGACCGUCAUCUACACGCUAAUGGACAGCUGGAUCCUGGGGGAGGCGCUUUGCAAGUUCACGCCCUUCGUGCAGUGCAUGUCGGUGACGGUCUCCAUCAUCUCCAUGGUCCUCAUCGCCUUGGAGCGCCACCAGCUCAUCAUUCACCCCACUGGCUGGAAGCCUGUGGUGGGCCACUCCUACCUGGCGGUGGCAAUCACCUGGAUAGUGGCCUGUUUCAUUUCCUUGCCCUUUCUGUCCUUCCAUGUUCUCACGGAUGUGUCCUUCCAGAACGCCACCCUACCCUUCAACCCCUUCACCGACCACUUGGUCUGCAUCGAGGACUGGCCCACCAAUGAGAAGCGGCUGGCCUACACUACGUCCCUGUUGGUCUUCCAGUACUUCCUGCCCCUGGCUCUUAUCCUGUUCUGCUAUCUGCGCAUCUUCCUGCGCCUCCACCGCCGCAGGGACAUGGUCGAACGGGCCAGGGAUGCGCGGCAGAAGAAGGCCAAGGGUUCCAAGCGGGUCAACGCCAUGCUGGCCUCCAUCGUCGUGGCGUUCGCCGUGUGCUGGCUGCCUCUGAACAUCUUCAACACCGUGUUCGACUGGGACCACGAGGCCAUCCCGUCCUGCCACAACGACUCCAUCUUCUCCGCCUGCCACCUGGUAGCCAUGGCCUCCACCUGCGUCAACCCCAUCAUCUACGGCUUCCUCAACAACAACUUCCAGAAGGAGCUCAAAGCCAUGCUGUAUCGCUGCCGAUGCUGGGGGUCUCCGGAGGACUACGAGAGCUUCCCCCUCUCCACUGUCAGCACAGGCAUCACCAAGGGCUCCAUCCUCAGCAACGGCUCAGUCAGCAUCAACACCUGACAAACUGCAGAAAAACUGAAAAAAGACAAAAUAGAGAAGAAAGGGGGCCGUGUUGAGUGUACAGAGUACUGCAUGUUGUACAGUCAGUGGUAGCAGCGGCCUCUCUGGGCUCUCCACUGAUAGAUAUGAAUAUCCACACAAUGCCAAUGCACAUGUUUAAACCCAUGCUUUCACUGACAAGUUCUAUCUCGGCACCCCAACAGGACCUUACUCUAGACCACCUUUCCCUGUGGAGACACUGCACUAAUUAACUUAAAGACUAAAAAAAAGCACUUCUUUGAGGACUCUCAGUUCUAGGAGUCAUUGCUGAUUUUGUCAUCAAGAGAGGUCAUCUGGUUUGGUUUGGUUUGGUCAGUUUGGUUGAUCCAAACCAACAUCAAUAGAACAGGGAAAUGUGUGUUUGUGUGAGACCAGCUGUGUAGUGUAAAAUUUGAAUGGCUCCGCUGAAUGUUCUGGAAUAUAUAUGUUGACAGCUGAAACAGCUGGCCCUCUGAUAAGAAGACUGAUAAGGAGUUUUGCCUGAAACGUAAUUAUUCAUACAAACAUUUCAUGUUAUGAGCACUAUAACCAUGAGUCCUCAACAUCGUCAACCCAAAUUAAAUUAGCAGCACAAUAUGUAUCAGAGAGUUACAUGCGAAAUUAUAUUUUACCAUGCUUAGAUAGCCAAAUGACAUCAGGGCUGCAUAUCUUGAACCCUUCAGAGGAAUGUUAUUCAGCAUUAUGUUACUGCAAAUCAAAAAGCUCUUAUCUAGGGGCCUAGGUUAGUAUUGUGUAGUCAUGCUAAUGAUUUGUUUGAUAACUUGAUAUUAUUUUUGAAUCACUGUAAUAUACUAUGAUGUAAUUUGUUGUGAUUACGUGCCAUUGCCUUAUGGUUGGAAAAGAAAACAUGUUGUGUACUUUGUUAUGGUAGCUUUUUGAAAUUGUGAUAUAGUACCAAAAGUGAUGCCAUAAUUAUAUCUGUGAUGUGAAGUUUCCAUAUUUAAUUUUCUAUCUCACAUUUCCAAGUCAUUCCAAAGGCUUUAAUGCCUUUUACGUUUUUACCCAACAUGGAACAGUCCAUGUUCAGCAAGUCACCAAAGACUGAUAGAUGAGCUUAGCAGUCAUGGAUGAACUUAGUUUUUGAUUGUCGUCUCAUAACAUCUCAUGGCUUAAGAGG